GGCAGUCGCUUCGAGACACUUGCUUGGACUGUUUUAAGAUUAUUGACUAAACAUAUUACCGAUUACUGAUUGAUCGAAAUGAGGACUCUACUGCUGCUUGUCGUGUUCGUGGUAGCUGCUUGGGCCUCGGACACGAGUGACCUGAUCUCCCAAGAAUCCAAUGUGGAGUACAACGGAAAAUAUCACUAUCACUACGAACUCGCCGAUGGCUCCAAGGCCACACAGGACGGACUCCUAAAGACGGUGAAUGCCGAGCACGAUGGCGAAGCGGUCCAUGGCAAAUACUCGUUUGUGUCCGACGAUGGCAACACCUAUGUGGUGUCCUACACCGCCGACGAGAAUGGAUAUCAUGCGGUGGGCGAUCACCUGCCCACACCGCCGCCCACGCCCCUGUCUGUUCUAAAGACUCUGGAGUACCUCAAGCUGCAUCCCUACAACCCCCCAGAGAAGCAGCACUGAGGAUCAGACUAGGACCAAGCACAAAUGUGAUUAGAACCAAAAGAACUGAGAACAAUUAAACAAUACUAUGAUCAACUCAA